AUGGUUGCAGAAUGUCAACAACGAAAAGCCGAUGAUUUAAUAACGACUUAUUAUAAUCAUAAUGAGUCUGGUGCUGGUAAAACUGAAAACGAAAAAGAAGUUAUUCAAUAUUUGGCUUAUAUUGCUGCUGCACCAAAAAGUUCACAACGUUUUAUUUGCGAAAAUGAACUUGAAGCUCAAAUUGUACAAGUAAAUACAAUUCUUGAAGCGUUUGGUAAUGCAAAAACAGUUAAAAAUGAUAAUUCAUCACGAUUUAGUAAAUUUAUUCGUAUUAACUUUGAUACAUCGAAUUUUAUCACUGAUGCGUCAAUUGAAAGAUAUUCACUUGAAAAAUCUCGUACAAUAUAUCAAGCUAAAGAAGAACGAAUAUUUCAUAUAUUUUAUCACUUAUUACAUGGUGCUAAUACAAAACUGAUUAGAAGAUUUUAA